AUGGCACAGUGUCUUCUGUUUAUUCUGAUGAGCACACUUUUCUACAAAGUAAAUUCCCUGAGCUGUUAUCAAUGCAUACCCGAGACAUCAAUAAAAUGCACUGAAACUAAAGUGGAGUGUGCUGUCGGUCAGUGCGGUACCAUGAAAACCACAUCUUACAUGGGUAACAAAACGUUGGCUGAAAUGUUUAUGAAGAACUGCUCUUUACCUCAACAAUGUGUGACUGCAUCUGUGAACCUAGGAAUUAUAAAAACAGUCAUCAGUAACCACUGCUGUGAUACAAAGUUGUGCAACUACCAGAGCGAGCCAGAAUCACCCAAAAAUGUCCCAAAUGGUAUAAUGUGUCACACCUGCACUGGAGGCGAUUGCUCUUCAAUUUUGUCCUGUGUUGAUGGUGAAGAUCACUGCAUCAAAGCUAAAGUUGAUGCUGAUGGACAGAUGAUGAUGAUGAGAGGAUGUGCCACCAGAAGUUUUUGUAGAGGCGACCUGUCCACACAGAUUGGCCAAUCCAGCAUAACCAUGGGUCUGACCUGUUGUAGAGGAAAUCUUUGUAACAGUGCCACAGCUGUGCCUGAGAUCAGACUGUUUCAAAUAGGGCUGCUGCUGUAUGCUAUUGUAGAGGCAUUAGUUUGA